AUGGCGGGCAUUCCACCUCCUCCGCCUCCAGGCUGGCAACCACCGCCUCCACCUGGCGCUCCACCCGGACUAUCCUCAUCACAUGUACCGCCACCUCCACCACCAGGCUACAAACCACAAAUCGAUCCAGCGAUUGCGAAACUACAGGAGAAGAAGCAGAAAUGGCUGCGAUCACAACGACAACGAUUCGCGGAGAAGCGACGAGGUGGUUUCGUGGAGACACAAAAGGCCGAUAUGCCGCCCGAGCACUUGCGGAAGAUCGUGAGGGACAUUGGCGAUGUGUCGCAGAAGAAAUUUAGCAGCGACAAGCGCUCGUACUUGGGCGCGCUAAAGUUCAUGCCGCAUGCUGUGCUGAAGCUGCUGGAGAAUAUGCCGAUGCCAUGGGAGUCGAGUCGGGAUGUGAAGGUGCUGUAUCACGUGAACGGCUGCUUGACACUGGUCAAUGAAAUCCCGCGGGUCAUUGAGCCGGUGUUCCAUGCGCAGUGGGCGACAAUGUGGGUGGUGAUGAGGAGGGAGAAAAGUGAUAGACGGCACUUCAAGCGUAUGAGGUUUCCGCCUUUCGAUGACGAGGAGCCGCCGCUCAGCUGGUCAGAGAACAUUGAGGAUGUGGAACCACUUGAGCCGAUCCAGAUGGAGCUGGAUGAGGAUGAGGACGGUCCUGUCUUCGAGUGGUUCUACGACCAUCGACCGCUAUCAGACACCUCGCACGUCAACGGUCCAAGCUACAAGCGAUACAACCUGCCACUACCACAAAUUGCGACACUGCACCGCCUGAGUAAUCCUCUCCUUUCUGACAUUGCGGACAAGAACUACUUCCAUCUCUUCGAUCUCCCAGCAUUUGCCACUGCGAAAGCGCUGAAUGUGGCGAUACCUGGUGGACCGCGCUUCGAGCCUCUGUACAAGGAUGUCGACCCGAAUGACGAGGACUUCGGCGAGUUUAACGCCAUCGACCGCAUCAUCUUCCGAGCACCCAUCCGAACAGAGUACCGAGUCGCUUUUCCAUAUCUGUACAACAGCCUGCCGAGAAGUGUACGAUUGGGUCGGUACAGUGCGCCACAGUCAGUAUAUGUCAAGACCGAGGAUCCAUCAUUACCUGCCUUCUACUUCGACCCUGCCAUCAACCCGAUCUCGAGUCGUUCGGUCGCACCGAAGAAUCUGACCAUCAGCCACGAGGACGAGAUCUUUGGCAAAGGCAACAAUGACGAGCCGGACGAAGAGGAUGGUGGUUUCAGCUUGCCAGACGAAGUUGAGCCGUUCAUGGCGGACGAGGAGUUGUACAAUGACGAGACAGCAUCUGCGAUUGCACUAUGGUGGGCACCAUUCCCAUUCGACCAGCGCUCCGGCAAGAUGGUCCGAGCACAAGAUGUGCCUUUGGUCAAGCAGUGGUACCUCGAGCACGUUCCGGCCGGCCAACCUGUAAAGGUCCGGGUAUCGUAUCAAAAGCUGCUGAAGACAUACGUCCUGAAUGAGCUGCACAAGAGACCCGCCAAAGCACAGAACAAGCAGAACUUGUGCCGAAGCUUGAAGAGCACCAAGUUUUUCCAGCAGACUACGAUCGACUGGGUUGAAGCUGGUCUGCAGGUCUGCCGCCAAGGUUUCAACAUGCUGAACUUGCUCAUCCAUCGCAAGAACUUGACGUAUCUGCAUCUGGAUUACAAUUUCAAUCUCAAGCCUAUCAAGACUCUCACGACCAAGGAGAGGAAGAAGAGCAGAUUCGGCAAUGCUUUCCAUCUCAUGCGCGAGAUUCUGCGAUUGACAAAGCUGAUUGUAGAUGCGCAAGUACAAUACCGACUUGGCAACAUUGAUGCUUUCCAACUUGCUGACGGUAUCUUGUACGCCUUCAACCAUGUGGGUCAGCUGACGGGCAUGUACCGCUACAAGUACAAGCUUAUGCACCAGAUUCGAUCUUGCAAGGACUUGAAGCAUUUGAUCUACUACCGCUUCAACUCUGGCCCCGUCGGCAAAGGUCCAGGCUGCGGUUUCUGGGCUCCGGCGUGGAGAGUGUGGCUGUUUUUCCUGCGUGGUAUCAUCCCACUUCUCGAGCGCUGGCUUGGAAAUCUGCUGAGCAGACAGUUCGAAGGCCGUCAUAGCAAGGGUGUGGCGAAGACCGUCACCAAGCAGCGUGUGGAAUCGCAUUUUGAUCUCGAACUUCGUGCUUCGGUCAUGUCGGAUCUGAUGGAUAUGAUGCCGGAGGGCAUUAAGCAGAGCAAAGUCAACACCGUCCUGCAGCAUUUGUCCGAGGCGUGGCGGUGCUGGAAGUCGAACAUUCCAUGGAAAGUCCCGGGUCUGCCGAAGCCGAUUGAGGAUAUUAUUCUGCGGUACGUCAAAUCCAAAGCCGACUGGUGGGUCAGUGUGGCGCAUUACAAUCGUGAGCGUAUCCGGCGAGGCGCGACAGUGGACAAGACGGUGGCGAAGAAGAACCUGGGUCGUCUGACUCGUCUAUGGCUCAAAGCUGAGCAGGAGCGCCAGCACAAUUACCUCAAGGAUGGACCAUAUGUCAGUACCGAGGAGGGCGUGGCUAUCUUCACGACUGCCGUGCAUUGGCUGGAGAGCAGAAAGUACCAGCCCAUUCCUUUCCCGUCUGUAUCCUACAAGCACGACACCAAGAUUCUGAUUCUGGCUCUGGAGCGUCUGCGCGAAGCAUACUCGGUCAAGGGCCGUUUGAAUCAGAGUCAGCGUGAGGAGCUGGCAUUGAUUGAGCAGGCGUAUGAUAGUCCUGGGACUACACUCGCCCGCAUCAAGCGGUUCUUGCUUACGCAGCGUGCGUUCAAGGAAGUGGGGAUCGAUAUGAAUGACAAUUACAGCUCUAUCAACCCUGUCUACGAUAUCGAGCCGAUCGAGAAGAUCACGGACGCCUACCUCGAUCAGUAUCUCUGGUACCAGGCCGAUCAGCGGAGACUGUUCCCUGCUUGGAUCAAACCCUCUGACUCGGAAGUGCCGCCUCUCCUCACGUACAAAUGGGCGCAAGGUAUCAACAACCUUAGCAAUGUCUGGUCUGUGGAUGAAGGCGAAUGCAACGUCAUGAUGGAGACGCGGCUGGACAAGAUCUACGAGAAGAUCGAUAUCACGCUUCUCAACAGGCUGCUGCGACUGAUCAUGGACCAUAAUCUUGCGGACUAUAUCAGCAGCAAGAACAAUGUGCAGCUCAACUACAAGGAUAUGAACCAUACUAAUGCCUAUGGUAUGAUCCGUGGUCUGCAGUUCUCGGCUUUUGUCUUCCAGUACUACGGCCUGAUUGUGGAUCUUCUGGUCUUGGGUCUGCAGCGCGCGACUGAUAUGGCUGGACCGCCUAACGCACCGAACGACUUCUUGCAGUUCCGUGAUCGGGCUACUGAGUCAAGACAUCCUAUCCGCUUGUACACACGCUACAUUGACAAGAUCUGGAUCUUCCUCCGCUUCACUUCCGAGGAGAGCAGGGACCUGAUCCAGCGUUUCUUGACGGAACAGCCUGAUCCGAACUUUGAGAAUGUCAUUGGGUAUAAGAAUAAGAAGUGCUGGCCCCGCGACAGCAGGAUGAGGUUGAUGAGACACGAUGUCAAUCUCGGUCGGGCGGUAUUCUGGGACAUGAAGAAUCGACUUCCAAGAUCGCUGACUACCAUCGAGUGGGACGAUACGUUUGCUUCUGUCUACUCGCGUGAUAAUCCGAAUCUGCUUUUCAGCAUGAACGGCUUCGAAGUCAGGAUUUUGCCGAAGAUCAGGAAUCUCAAUGACGAGUUUCAGGUCAAGGACUCGGUCUGGGCACUUGUAGAUAAUGCUACGAAAGAGCGGACGGCACAUGCCUUCUUGCAGGUGACCGAGGAGGAUAUCCAGAAGUUCAAUAAUCGGAUCCGACAGAUUUUGAUGUCUUCGGGUUCCACGACGUUCACGAAGAUUGCGAAUAAGUGGAAUACGGCGCUUAUUGCGCUGUUCACUUACUAUCGGGAGGCUGCGGUCGCGACGGUCGGGUUGCUGGAUACGAUUGUCAAGUGCGAGACCAAGAUUCAGACGAGGGUCAAGAUUGGAUUGAAUUCCAAGAUGCCGUCACGUUUCCCACCGGCGGUCUUCUACACGCCGAAGGAGCUGGGUGGGUUGGGGAUGAUCAGUGGGAGUCAUAUUUUGAUACCAACUAGCGAUAAGAGGUGGAGUAAGCAGACCGAUGCGGGGGUGACUCACUACCGUGCCGGUAUGGGCGGACACGGCGAAGAAGAAACCCUGAUCCCGAAUAUCUUUCGCUACAUCAUUCCGUGGGAGGCGGAGUUCAUCGAUUCUCAGCGCGUGUGGACGGAGUACUCGCAGAAGCGGCUGGAGGCUAAUCAGCAGAAUCGGCGAUUGACGCUGGAGGAUCUGGAGGAUAGUUGGGAUCGCGGGUUGCCAAGGAUCAAUACCUUGUUUCAGAAGGAUCGGAGUACGCUGUCUUUCGACAAGGGAUUCCGGGCGAGGACGGAGUUCAAGAUUUAUACUUUGAUGAAGGCCAAUCCCUUCUGGUGGACAUCCCAGCGACACGAUGGCAAGCUUUGGAAUUUGAAUGCGUACCGCACUGAUGUUAUACAAGCACUCGGUGGUGUUGAGACUAUACUUGAGCACACGCUAUUCAAGGCCACGGCCUUUCCAUCUUGGGAGGGUUUGUUCUGGGAGAAGGCGUCUGGGUUCGAGGAAUCAAUGAAAUAUAAGAAGCUCACGAAUGCCCAGCGGUCUGGUCUCAACCAGAUUCCGAACCGUCGAUUCACUCUGUGGUGGAGCCCUACCAUUAACAGAGCCAACGUUUAUGUGGGAUUUCAAGUCCAGCUCGAUCUCACUGGCAUCUUCCUUCACGGCAAAAUCCCAACGCUCAAGAUCUCGCUUAUCCAGAUCUUCCGUGCCCAUCUGUGGCAGAAGAUUCAUGAGAGUGUGGUCAUGGACUUGUGCCAGGUCUUUGACCAGGAGCUUGAAGCGUUGGGCAUCGAGACUGUGCAGAAGGAAACGAUUCACCCUCGUAAGAGUUACAAGAUGAACUCAUCUUGCGCGGACAUCUUGCUCUUUGCCAGCCACAAGUGGAGUGUCAGCCAUCCGAGCUUGCUCUAUGAUACGAAGGAUAACAUGGGUGCUACUGCCACUAACAAGCACUGGAUCGAUGUGCAGUUACGGUAUGGAGACUACGACUCGCACGACAUCGAGCGAUACACCCGCGCCAAGUACCUCGAUUACACCACAGACUCGAUGAGUAUCUAUCCUUCGGCCACUGGUUUGAUGAUCGGCAUUGAUUUGGCGUACAACCUGUAUUCUGCUUAUGGUCAAUACUUCCCUGGUCUCAAGCAAUUGGUGCAGCAAGCCAUGGCCAAGGUCAUGAAAGCCAACCCUGCGCUGUAUGUCCUUCGCGAGCGUAUCCGAAAGGGUCUACAGCUCUAUGCUUCGGAGAGCAACCAGGAGUUCCUCAACAGCCAGAACUACUCGGAACUCUUCAGCAACCAGAUCCAGCUUUUCAUCGACGAUACUAAUGUCUACCGUGUCACUAUCCACAAGACUUUCGAAGGCAAUUUGACAACUAAGCCUAUCAAUGGUGCUAUCUUCAUCUUCAAUCCCAGGACUGGACAGCUCUUCCUUAAGAUCAUCCAUACCAGCGUCUGGGCUGGACAGAAGCGUCUUGGUCAGCUUGCUAAAUGGAAGACUGCUGAGGAGGUUGCUGCGCUCAUCCGAUCGCUUCCAGUGGAAGAGCAGCCGAAGCAGCUCAUUGUUACACGCAAAGGUCUGCUGGACCCUCUCGAAGUCCACCUGCUCGACUUCCCAAACAUCAGUAUUCGCGCUUCAGAACUGCAGCUUCCGUUCCAGGCUGCUAUGAAGGUCGAGAAGCUGGGAGACAUGAUCUUGCGUGCUACUGAGCCACAGAUGGUGCUUUUCAACUUGUACGACGAGUGGUUGAAGAGUAUCUCCAGCUACACAGCCUUUUCGAGGUUGGUCUUGAUCUUGCGUGCGCUGCAUGUCAACCAGGACAAGACGAAGCUGCUACUCCGACCAGACAAGAGCGUUAUCACGCAGGAGCAUCACAUCUGGCCUACGCUCUCGGAUGACGAUUGGGUGAAGGUCGAAGUACAGCUGAGAGAUUUGAUCUUGAACGACUAUGGCAAGAAGAACAAUGUCAACACUUCUUCGCUCACGAACAGCGAGAUCCGAGAUAUCAUCCUUGGUAUGGAGAUCUCUGCGCCGUCCAUGCAGAGGCAGCAGGCUGCGGAGAUUGAGAAGCAACAGCAGGAGCAACAGCAACUCACUGCCGUCACUACGAAGACGCAAAACGUUCGUGGCGAAGAUAUGAUCGUGACGACCACUUCGUCCUACGAGCAGCAGAGCUUUGCUUCGAAGACUGAGUGGCGUACUCGUGCUAUUGCGACUAGCAAUCUGCGGACGAGGGCGAACAACAUUUACAUUUCCUCUGAGGACAUUCGAGAUGAUGAGGAUCACUUCACCUAUGUCAUGCCGAAGAACAUUCUCAAGCGCUUCAUCACGAUCGCUGAUCUGCGAGUGCAGGUUGCUGGCUACCUCUAUGGCUCGAGCCCGCCGGACAACAAGCAGGUGAAGGAGAUCAAGACUAUCGUCAUGAUACCGCAGGUGGGCAGCACGAGGGAUGUGCAGCUUCCACGCAACCUGCCCGAGCAUGAGUUGCUGAAGGAUCUGGAGCCGCUGGGCAUGAUCCAUACAAGCGCUGGAAACGAGACGAGCUACAUGACUGCUCAGGAUGUGACGCAGCACGCCCGUCUUAUGGCUGCUCAUCCAACUUGGGACCGCAAGACGGUCACGAUGACCGUCAACUUCACACCUGGCUCUGUAUCGCUAUCAGCUUGGUCGUUGACGCCACAAGGAUAUACAUGGGGCGCUGAGAACAGGGAUCUAUCUUCUGAGCAGCCCGCUGGCUUCGCACCAGGCAAUGGCUUCGGAGAGAAAAGUCAGUUGCUGUUGUCCGACAAGAUUCGAGGCUUCUUCCUCGUGCCCGAAGAUGAGAGGUGGAACUGGAGUUUCAUGGGCAGUGGUUUUGGUGAGAGAGAGAAGGGGAGAGUGUAUGUGGGUGUCGGUGUGCCGAAGCGAUUCUACGAUGAUGUUCACCGUGGGAUACACUUCACCUCGUUUGCCGAGCUGGAGGACGUGUGGGUGGACAGGAGUGAUAAUUUGGCAUGA